AUGGAAAGAAUAGUUAAUUUAAAUAACUAAAUACAAUAAAAUAAUACAACUAGUAAAGAAACACUUACAAUAAAAGACAAGAAAGGAAAUUAAUAUGAAGUAAAAAUUUACAAUAACUCUUAUAUUAAAGCAUCUGAUUUAGAAAAAGUAGGAACUAAAGAUGAAGGAGUUUUAAGAAGUUACGAUCCUGGUUACAUGAACACAAUUAAUUGUACAUCAAAAAUAUGUUAUAUUGAUGGUGAUAAUGGGAUAUUAGAAUAUCGUGGAUAUCCUAUCGAAUAAUUAGCUGAAAAAUCUACAUUUUUAGAAGUUGCAUUCUUACUAAUAUAUGGAGAAUUACCAACAGCAUCCUAAUAUUAAUUUUGGAAGCAAAAAAUAUAAAAACAUUCUUUUGUACAUUAAGAUGUAAAUGGAAUGAUGAAAAGCUUUAGAUAUGAUGCACAUCCAAUGGGUAUGCUAGUAUCUACAAUUGCUGCUACAUCAACUUUCCAUCCAAACGCUAAUCCAGCAUUAGCAGGAUAGAACAUAUAUGACGAUCCAAAAACGAGAAUAAGCAAAUCCAUAGAUUAAUUGGAAGCAUGA